CAGACUUGCAGGGACGAAAGCAUAGUUACAUGUUACAUAGAAAACAUGUUACCGGGGGUAACAUGUGAAAGUGUAGUGUAGUCGUCCGGCGCACAGUUCAUAAAAACUCCUAGCAGCUGGCGUAGAAAAAGGAUGGCCGACCCUGGUAACACUAAGAAUGUUCCUAGGAAGGGACCAACGGAGCCUUUAAUGCCUCGGAGAGAACCAUCACUAGAACCAGAUGGCAACUCUGAACUUCGAUUCAGCCCACAGUUUGUAAAGACUGACGGCUUGCGUUGGAGGAUAAUGGCCGACCCUGGUCACUAUAAGAACUUAGACGCGUAACCAUGGCGAGAACCUUACCGAGCCAACUUUGAGGAUGAGCUUCGGCAGUAUCACAGAUCAGUAUCUAACCAACCAAUCUCUAAAGAUGAGCCUCAGCAGAGAUUCGGUUCAAAACGCUUAGACACAUACCCAUGCCGACAAACGUUCCAAGCCAACCUUGAAGAUGAGCUUCGGCGGUCAGAAAGAUCAGAAAGGUCACCACGUUACAAACCAAUCACUGAAGAAAAGCGUCAGCCGUUAAUAAGAUCAUUAUCUAACCAACCAAUCUCUGAAGAUGAGCUUCAACAGAGAUUCGUUGCAAAACGCUUAGACACGUACCCAUGGCGACAACCUUACCAAGCCAACUUUGAAGAUGAGCUUCGGCAGCUUAACCGAACGGAAAGGGUAUCACGUUACAAACCAAGCACUGAAGAAAAGCUUCAGCCGUUAACAAGAUCAUUAUCUAACCAACCAAUCUCUGAAGAUAAGACUCAGCAGAGAUUCGGUUCAAAACGCUUAGACACAUACCCAUGCCGACAAACGUUCCAAGCCAACCUUGAAGAUGAGCUUCGGCGGUCAGAAAGAUCAGAAAGGUCACCACGUUACAAACCAAUCACUGAAGAAAAGCGUCAGCCGUUAAUAAGAUCAUUAUCUAACCAAGCAAUCUCUGAAGAUGAGCCUCAGCAGAGAUUCGUUGCAAAACGGGAAGAAAUGAGUGGAUCAGAUGGAAGGUUAGAAACAUCCUCCUUAGGCGUGGAUGUGCAGGGAUUAACCGCAGAAGAAAGAAUGUCAGACACGUAUUUUGAAAGUUUUAGAGUGGAGGGGCUAGGAACGUCUUUAACACUUGAUAGAGAACCACCACCAGAACAAGGAUCGGAGUCUUCAGUCGUAACGGAACUUCCUGAUGCUAUUGAAAAAAACCUCAAUGAUACACUGGAUAAAGGAGAUUUCGAUGCUAUUAAGAAAGAAGUGACUCCAAAAACCUUGUCAAGUUGUAAAACUAACACCUUAUUCCAAGCUUUCCAGGUAAACAAAAAACUUCGACGUUUAGCAGAUCGUAAAGGCCCGGAGAAAGACGACAUAGAAAAGCUGGCAAAAUCUGUGGAUGAGUUCACUUUAGCCUUGGUUGAUCCUCUUAAAUCCAACGCCGAUACCAGACAUAAAUUUCAAAGUUUUUUCGACAGUGUGGUAGACGAGGCAAUUGACACGCGGCAGAAAAAGUUCAUCUCUCAUCCAGUGGUGUAUGACUUGCUCAACUAUAGGUGGUACCGCUCCUUUUACUCAGAAAGAAAAAAGUCAUGGCAAGAACCUAGACGCUGGGGAUACCUUUUCCUCAACCUUUGGACAGUGUUUGACAUCAUCUUCUUUCCCUUCCUCUUUGCUGUUUUCUUCGUUGUUCAUUUUUUAAAAAAGGUCUCGAGGAAAAGGAGAGGAGCUAAAAUCUGUUUUGUUUUGACGCUGCGCGAAGGGACGCCAUCAAAAGAGUUUGAUCUGAUCAAAAGUACGAUGAGCCACGUGGUUGGAAAAUAUGGCUUUCACCCUACCAACUACUGCGUGAUUUUACAUGACAAAGAAAGACUGAUUGGUAACAUCAAAUUUGGACAGGAGUGUUCAAAAUCUAUGCUAACGGAAUUACCAAAGCCAAACUCGCCUAGUUCACUCUGUGAAGAUCUCAAGGCCGCUUGUCGUGCAUUCGAAAGUCAAAACAUUUCAAAUAAAGCUAAACAGGUGCUCGUGCUCUUUCUCAAUGACUUGAAGCACAGGGUCAAGAACGAAGGUGACGAUUCAGAAAAAUAUCGAAAGGAAUUAGAGAAGAAGCAAGUUAACAUUGUUCCAAUCGGUAUUGGACAGUACGCCAAAUUAUCAGAAUUGAAAAGGAUGCAAACUAAAGAUGGUACAGCAAGUCACUUUGGAGAACACGAGUUACCCGAGACGUUAGGGACGGCAAUCAUACAAGGAAUCGAAGGAAAGGAUAUAUACGAGAAUUACAUGGAUUACUUUACGACUCCUUAUUUCGUCUUUUUUCGGGACACCGUGAGCUAUCUUACUCUUCUUGGUCUUCACUUCGCCAUUUGCCUGUCUCCUUCAACUGUGUCUUUCAGUGGACUAGAAUGGUUCGUCUUAAUUUUCUUUAUGGGACGCAUUUUAAUGGAGGCGGAUCAGUUUAUCAGCUCUAAAAUGGAACGGAAAAGGAGUGAUGAACCCAAACAAACAAAAAAUGAGGCGGGAUAUAUCUUUCCGAAGAAGCUUAUUAGCUACUUCAGUGACCGUUGGAAUGUACUUGAUUUCAUCAUUCUUACUUUCUACCUGAUUACCUUCAUCUUACGCAUAAUCGUAUGGAGAAACUUCACGGACGUGUCAGACAACAGACUCUUGGCUGUAUCAGAGUAUUGCUAUGGUUUCAUCGCCAUGCUUCUUACACUGAGAGCCUUUGGUCAAGUCAUGGAGUGCAUACAGGGAUUGGGCGCAAUACAAAUCGCUUUAUUCUUUAUUAUCUGGGAUGUCAUGCCGAUAUUGUGGCAGUUUUUGGCCGCGAUUUUGGCGUUUUCGUUGGCCAUGACCAAGAUUUAUGUUGCUGAGAAAGCCUAUACGUUAGGAAAAGAAUCCGCGGAGAAUUUGGCAUGUAGUAAAUCAGGGAUGAUUUGUUGGUGGAACAUAGCGACACACCUAUGCUGGUCUUUACUUGGCUUAGCUGACCUGGAUAAGUUGAAUUCCGUCGACAAUCCUUCCGUUUCUCUAAUUCACCUGCUGUACAUCUUCUUCUUGAUCAUAGCAGUUAUUCUCCUCGUUAACAUGAUGAUUGCUUUGCUCUCCAAUACCUAUCAGCAGGUUCAGGAUAACUCACUCCAGGAGUGGUCUUUCAAGAAGGCAGUUACUGUUCGGACUUACAGUACCUAUCAUCCAAUACCAGUGCCUUUCAACCUUUUGUCUGUCCCACUGAUAGUGCUCUGGAACCUCGGUCGGAAGCGUUCGUGUAAAACAUGGUUUGUCAGUUCUGCUUUAGAUGAGGAAGGAAAGAGAGAAGGUCUGGAUAAAGUAGUUAAGGAACUAGAGAGCGUUUACUUCCAGAAAUUCGGUUAUGAAUUUCCACUUACAGAGGAGAAAAAGAUAGACCAGUUAGUGCAAGAAAACGAAGGUGGUCGGAAAAUUACCAAUCAGAUAGUACGGCAAAUAUUCCAACCGCGUGGAAACAAUGAGAAGAAACUUGCGUCUGGCCAAAGGGCGUGGUAUUACUCGCCGGGAAUUGCUAUCGAUGGCUGCCUCCUAACUUACUUGGGACCUGAUUUCUGCUACAGAUGUAGGAAUCGAGGAAUCCGUAAGAAGAUUCACAGUGCCCAGUUCAAGUAUCCCUUUACAAUAGAGAUGCCACGAUUUGAGGUACUUAUUCAGGAGACUGGGGAGAGGCGAAUUAUAGCAUUAGGUGCUGUACGUGAGUCUGACGGUGCUGUGAAUAAUCAUUACAGCUGUCACGCAAUGCCUGGUUGGGAUGAUGGAACGGUCGGUUAUCACGUAUACUAUGGAACAAUAUUUGAAAAUGGCUGCCGUGAGAAGGGGAGGGAGGUCAAAGGAGCCAUGGCUUACCGCGGUGAUACGAUCGCCUGUGAAGUUGAUUUUAAAGAACAACACGAAGGCAAAAUCUCUGUUUUGUUCUACUUGAAUGAUAGAGAAGUAGCGCGAUGUUCAAUGGAGUAUACCUCAGGACAAAAACUAAAUCCCUUCGUCACAUUGGGAUUUGAAGGCAUUACAGUGCUCACAAAGAUGUGCCACCGUGACGAAGACGGAGACCCUUCCAGUCGAGUAACAGAUGUAGACCUGCAGGCAGAAUUUGCAGUGCUUAAAUGGCUAAGUGAACAUACAUAUGGAAUGCAACCUGCCCUGCGUAGGGAAAUGGAACAAUUGCAGAUCGCACGCGAAGGCCUGGAGAUACAACUACACGAGCAAAUGGUGAUGUUUUCAGAACUGAAAUAUUUAGUUCAGAGUUUGAAGGAAUUGAAGGAGAAACCGGAAGAACCAGGAAAUGUUGUUUAGAAACUGGAUUGUAGUUUGAGUUAAGUCCUCAAGUGCUAAUGUAAAUGCGCGAGCUUUAAUGGAUCAGGAUGUAGAUCAGACCCUUGCAGCUCCAAUUUCAGUCGCUACUCAAUUUUUUUAGUGGAAGGAGGAAAAUAAAGAAAAUGCAACCAUCUCAGUAAUUGUUCGAAAAUGUUUUGUUCAGCUUAGGCGCAAUGACAAGACAAGACAAGGUUUAUUUGAACUGUAAAAUUACCUUAGUUACAAAUUAAACGAGAAAUAUAUUAAAAAUACAUACAGUUGUUGGUCACCCAAAAUAACUAAAGAGCUAAACUAGUUGGGUGACGAAAUGAAUAUUUGUUACCAUUUUUAUGAAUAAACGUAAGGGUGCUUUUCAAAUUGUACUUACAAACUAUAUUUGUAGCUGUAAUAUGUCUUGUAAAGCUUCAAUUCAUUUUACUUAUUUGCAAAGAAUUUAGAAGAUAAGAAAACCACGUGUGAUUUACUUUUGCUCCAUAUAAUUCUUCGACUUAUCGGGUCAGUAAUUCUCUCCUUCAGCUUGCAAAUUAUUUGGGAGAAUGUAGGGUUCAAACAAGAUAUCACUUUUCUUAUGAAUUAAUCUAUUCUCUGUUUGCUGGAGAACGCGUUGAUAUUAUAGAAACAGAAGUAUCAAUGCUAAUCUAUUUACAUUUAAUUAUUUUUUCUCGUUUGAGUGUCAGUAUACUAGAUUGACAGAUCACACUCAGAUCAGUUUGUGUGAAUUACAAAUACUCUGCCCGCUAACCAUAUAUUCUUCAGUUUGUUUCGGAAUUUAUACUUCCCUCUCAGUUUACGUAAUCAGUUAAACAAUGCGUGUAGUGCUAAGUCAAUAUUGCUGAUAAGCGACAGUAUACAGUUGGUUUUACAAACGUUGUGUGCUACUA